GAUUCCAAAGAUUGAGUUAGGCGAAAAGAAAAAUCGGAAAAUAGGCGCAUUUCGCAAAACAAAGAAAAAAAUGACACAAUUUGACCUCCAACCCGGUACCUUGUGGCGGUCGACCCGGCGGGUGCGUGCGGCCCGUUUUUCUCACCGGGCCAGGGUCAAAAUGGGUCAACCCGCGGGUCGACCCGCGGGUUGACAACCUUGGUCCACACGUUAUAUAUAUAUUUUUUAUGUUUUUUUUUACUUCGAACUCAAUAGAUACAGUAAAAAAGAGAUGGAGAGUGCCACAUUUGAAAAAAGAUGGAGAGGAUUGGAUCAUAAACUGACGAGCUCUUAAACGAAUACCUAAAAUUAAUAAUUUACAAGUAUUAUACUAGUUCUGAAUCAAGAGAAGGAUGCCUCCCCUGAUCACUGCCCAGCCAUCCUUUAAGUACAAAGCUAGUAUCACAAAUGAGAACUGCGCUUGUUUCUGGUCCAACCCUCUUCUCCUCUUUUGAUCUAAUACUGUACUAUGUCCUGAAUUCGUAAGCUUGGACUCAAUUGAAGCAAGCCAUAGAGGCUCAUAGCUAGACAGGCUGCAAAUGAGCCGAGUCGAGUCGAAUUUUACCCCAGCUUGAGUUCGACUCGUUAAUAAACGAGUCGAACUCGAGCUCAGCUCGUUUGUUAACGAGCCGAGUCGAGUUGAGCUCGAACUAGCUUGUUUAUUAAAAUCUUAACUUUCAUUUGGUACUUCAUUUUGUAUAUCAUGAUACAUAUGAUUAAUUUUGUUAGUUAAUCUCAUCUUAUACUUUAUACUUUGUUGGUAUCAUAUAUCGAUUAGUUAAUAAAUUUUAACUACACCAAAUCAUGUUAUUUCAUUGUAUCGACGCAAUCUAUGAUGCAUAAUUUCUUUUUAAAGUAGAAAAUAAGAUAUAUUUGCUCACAUACUCAACGUCAAAACUUUAUAUAUGGUGAGAUAUAUAAAUUAACAACCAUAUGAAUUAAAAUCAUAAGAUAUAGAUUGAUUCGUCCAUAAGUUGGUAAUGGAGUUGGCUCUCUAGCCACAUGUUAAGACAUAUCAUGAGCUCUAAACGAGGCAGCUCACGAGUUUAGCUCAACAAGCCACCGAGUCGAGCUAGUUUGCGAGCUUCACGAGCUGAACAAAGGUGAGCUCGUGUUCGACUCGUUUCUCAACAAGCCGAGUUUCGAACGAGUUUUUCUCGAAUCGAACGCCGAGCCGCUCGCGAGCAGCUCGACUCAUUUGCAGCCCUAAGCCUAACCAAUAAUAAUAACAACAAUAAUAAUAAGCAAAUUGUGGCUGCUGCCAGCAUGGAUUGUCCAAUUGGACGCCAGACCUGAAAAUGAGGUAGUGGUGGGCCAGGCGGGCUAGGCUGGCACAAAAAGCCCAUCCUAAUUAGCGGCGUCGUGGCUUGACCAUGCCCGAAGUUAAUAAUAAACAACAACAACAAAAAAAACAGCCCAAAAGUUUUGGCAAUAAUUACGUGAUGGGCUGAAUAAUAACAGAGAAUCUACAGAAGAGAAGAGUUCCUUUUCAUCAGUCAGUGAGUUUGCAUGUGCUUAACCAGCAUCGGUUUCCUCACUCUCUGUCAAUUGCAGUGUUAUUAAAGCCGAGCGGCUCGACCCGACCGGUAAAACCGCCACCCGAUCACAAAACCGGCUCGGAACAGUUUAAAAGUCGCUCCGGUUUUAUGUAGCGGUUGAAGAGCGGCCGAGGCGGUUAACCAUUCGAGCCGAUUGAGCCGCUCGUCCGGUUUUUGCCACUCAGCCACUAAAUUUAAUUAAAAAAAAUUGCAGAAAAUUGAAAAUUGAAAUAAACCAAAAACGUCGGCCUCUUAAACUGGAUCCUUAUUUCCAUUUCACAAUUUCGAAGGAAAGAGAUGAGCUCUGAUUAAGAAUCCACUAUUUAUACUGAUAACGUUUAUUAGGUACCGGUUCUUUAACGGUUUUUAAAGGGUCUAAUGCCGGUUGAACCACUAACGUGCGAGCCGUUCGCAUUACCGGGUCAUGCUCCGAUUCGGUUCUGACAACAUUGGUCAAUUGUUAACCCCCCAGCGCGUCUCCACCACGCUCCGCCACCAGCCAUGGCGGGGAAUUUAAAAAGAAAAAGAAAGAAAGAAAGAAACAGACUUGACAGAAUAUUAGAAGGAAAACAGAUUAGAUUAAUUAAAAUAUGAACGGAAAUUCUACGUUAAAUCUCUGAAAUCUGUGUGUUUAUAAUCUGCAUGUCUGGGAAACUCAUGGAUACCCAACUGGAAAUUAUAACGAUUGAUGUUUUUAGGCUGAACAAGUUUAUCUGAAUAAGUUGAGUUGUGUAUGCCAACAUUAAGUCGAUAACCUGUUCAUCCCUAACAGCUUAAAUUGGUAAGAAAAUACUAUCAUUGCAUCUUGUAAAAUAUCAAAGAUGCCCGAGUUUGCGGUUAUGGAUUUUGUUAGUACGAGGUAUAAGAUUUAUUAUUGAACAUCUCUCAUCAAAUCGAAUAACAAUAAUAUUAGAGUCUAAUGCCCGAGUAGCUUUUUGAUUGAAUUCCGAUGAAACCCAUUGGUAAGCACACGAUAUAUGAACCCUACAAAUUUCAAGUCCAUAUAAGUGAUCUUUAAUACGAGAAAUCAAAAUCUAACAACUCACGAGUUAUUGGCAUCAAACAAAUUCCUAGCUCUGUUCUUCCUAUUCGCCUGUGAAUGAAGUAACCCCCAACUACAAUGAGGUGGGGGGAAGAGGAAGACAAGACAGCAACAUAAACAGAUGAGAAAUUAUAAGAGAGAGAAAGUAGGAAAAGGGAGUGAGAGAGAGAGAUAGAGCGGGGAACAAACAGAGUAAUGCAUUCUUGCUUUCUGUGUAUAAACAAGCAGUGUACAGAUCGUAAUGUAUAUAAUAUAGGAGGGGGACUAGAAGAAGAGAGUUGAGUCCUCCCCUGUUUCUCUCUCUCUCUCUACAUUUCUCGCACACACAAUCACAUGGGCAGAAGAGGAGGAGGGAAAUACUCUAAUGUUUUUGACCUCCAAAUCGCACAUGGCUUCUUCUCCUUCUCCUUGAGCUUUCUUCCCCAACUCUCUCCCAUUUGGACAUUUUUAUUGUUCUCUCUCUCUCUCUCUCUCUGCCUCUGUUUCUUUCUCUGCUCACAUGCAUCCCCCUUCGCCCUUCUCUCUUUCUGUGCUGUGCGUCAACCAACAACAAUUAGCCCUCCAUUUUCAUUUCUUUAACCUCCUUUCUCCAACACCUCGUUUUGUUCUUUUCUUAAUCUGUCAUUCAUCCUGUGGUCACAGAUUGAAAUGCCAUUAACCCUCUUCCCUUUACGAGAUUCCUCAGAUCUACAGUGCUCAAAGCUUUACGCCGCCCACUACCCAUUUCCCCCCUCCUCCUUCCUUUCUGCCAACUCUACUCUGUCUCCUUUCCUUCCUCUCUGUCUGCUUUCUGGGUUCUCAGACUGUCGUCGCCAAUCCCAUCCCCAGGUUAGUCCUUCUUUAACCCUCCCGCCAUUCUUCUUCUUCUCAUGCUUCAUGAAUUCUGGCUUCCAGAAAGCUUGCCUGCAAUUGGGCUUUUUCCUUCCUUUCCAGAGCUUGGAACCUUCGGCUGGAUCAAGCGUAGGAGACCAUUUAUUUGUUUAUGAUUCUUCUCACAUUGGAAUUGCAAUCGAAACCCCACUGAAAAAGGUUCUGAUGGUGACAGAACAGUGUUGUUGAGUGGGACUUAUGAUUGCCUUUGCCCAUCCCCUGUUUUCUUCCUUUUUCACCCCUCCUUCUAUCCCCAUGGAAAGUUCUUUUAGUUCGCAGCUGAUGUAAUGCAAAUUGCAGUUGGCAUUUUGCUGUCCAUCUUUCAAUGCCUUAGACAGUUGGAUAAAAAAAAAAGUCAAAGUCUUUCCUCGCCAAAUUGAGCUGAAGUGAACGAUUCCUUUUUCCAGGUUUACGGAAUCCAGAUUAUAAUUACCUUCAGCUUGAUAGCUUGCCGUAAAGGUGGAUCAUCGAUCAGGGCAGCUGGGAUUUGAACCAAGAAAUUUCGGGUCGAAAGCCGACUGCUUUCUGCUUCGACCAAUUAUUCAUCAUAACUUCAGAUGCUAAGAGGGUCGCUUCCCAUCCCCUGGUUGAUAAAAAACGAAUCAUUAGCGUAGUAACAGUAAUCAAGGGAUAACAAAUCGAAUAUUUGGAAAACAGAGUGGAUGAUUAGUGAAAUGGAGAUCAACAAUAGCAGCAGCAGCAGCGAAGGAAUCGAAGAAAUGGAGGAGAUGGAGAUGGAGAUUGAGGUCCUCCCAUCCAUGUGGCCGGAGGACAUCGACAGCGAGAAGCCAUACAACGUCGAGAGGCCAGCCGGGGACGGCGAGCAAGACAUGCUUGAAGAAGUCACAAUCAGGGCGGCAGCCUCCGCCGUCGACUUCCACCACCUCAAGGCUCUCACAAGCUACACCGAUCGCGGGUCGCACCAGAUGUCCCACCUGAUGAGACACUGGGAGCACCAGCAGGCCAACGCCGUGCGGCUCCUGAGGGAAGAGCUCGACAUUCUCAGCAGGCAGAGGGAGGAAGUGGAGCUCAAGAAGUUGGAGAUAUUGGAACACUUCCAGUUCGAGGAAGACAACUGCAAGCGGCCCAUCUCGAUACUUGACAAGCACGUCGAACUCUACGGCGAUGGGGUUCCCCGGAAGAAGUUCGUCGAUUUCGUUGUUCGGAGUGACAGGAGGGUCGAGCUGGCUGCAGAAUCUGAUACCGUGGCAUAUUGGAAGGCUCGUGCCGCGAAUUUGGAGAAGCUGCUGGAGGCUAGCGUGCACCGGGAGCAGAUACUUGUGGAGAAGCUUGAGGAGAAUAUGAAGGAAUUGGAAGGGCAGGGUUCCCCUGUUGAGGAACUGUCUCAGAUUCUGAAGCGGGCUGACAAUUUCUUGCAUUUUGUACUUCAGAACGCCCCAGUUGUCAUCGGCCACCAGGACAAGGAGUUGAAGUAUCGGUUUAUAUAUAACCAAUAUCCAAGCUUGAAUGAGCAGGACAUACUGGGGAAGACGGAUGUGGAGAUAUUUAAAGGGGCAGGUGUGAGGGAAUCUCAGGAUUUCAAGAAGGAAGUUCUUGAGAAGGGGGUGCCAGCAAAGAGAGAGAUCGCAUUCGAGACGGAGCUAUUCGGGUUGAAGACGUUUCUGAUAUAUGUUGAACCCGUGUUCAGCAAGUCAGGAGAGACGAUUGGUGUUAACUACAUGGGAAUGGAUGUCACUGAUCAGGUGAGGAAAAGAGAGAAAAUGGCGAAGAUCCGAGAGGAGAUUGCUGUGCAGAAAGCAAAGGAAACUGAACUGAACAAGACGAUCCACAUAACAGAGGAAACCAUGCGAGCCAAACAGAUGCUAGCAACAAUGUCUCACGAGAUAAGAUCGCCACUAUCUGGCGUUGUGAGCAUGGCAGAGAUUCUGUCCAACACGAACCUUGAUCGAGAACAGAGGAAUCUUCUGAACGUCAUGAUAUCUUCAGGAGACUUGGUGCUUCAGCUCAUAAACGACAUACUCGACUUGUCCAAGGUUGAGUCAGGUGUUAUGAAGUUGGAAGCCACCAAAUUCCGGCCCAGAGAAGUGGUCAAGCAUGUCUUGCAGACUGCUGCUGCUUCAUUGCAGAAAGUUCUAACCCUGGAAGGACGCAUAGCAGAUGAUGUUCCAAUCGAGGUCACUGGAGAUGUUCUAAGGAUUAGACAGAUACUCACCAACCUGAUCAGCAAUGCGAUUAAGUUCACACAUGACGGGAAGGUGGGAAUAGACCUUUAUAUAGUAUCAGACCCAGGCUGCGGAAGAGCAGAAGAAAACCACAAGAAGUUAAUGCUUGAUCAAGCAACCGCAAAUGGACGAAAGGAAGAGCAAUGUACAUCGACAUCACAAAGUUGCAAUGGGCAUCAAAAUGGUUAUCAUAAUGAUAACAAACAUGUAGAUGGUGCUUCUCAUAACCAUAAGCUAAAUGACAAUAAGCCUAGAACGCCAGUGAAGAAUGAAAAUACAAGAGACAGAGGAGGAGAAGAAGAAGAGGAAGAUGAGUGCCACGUACAAGAAACAACAGUCUGGCUACGAUGUGAUGUUUAUGACACUGGGAUAGGAAUCCCAGAGAAUGCUUUGCCAAAUCUCUUCAAAAAGUAUAUGCAAGCCAGCACAGAUCAUGCUCGAAAAUAUGGUGGCACCGGUCUUGGUCUUGCAAUAUGCAAACAGCUGGUUGAACUGAUGGGAGGGCAGCUAACUGUGACAAGCAGAGUGAACCAUGGCUCCACAUUCACCUUUGUGCUACCGUACAAAGUAUCACCAGCUUGUGAUUCAUCCUCAGAUGAUCAAGAUGAGCUAAGUGAUAUGACUGAUCAUACCAAUGCCUCUGUCUCUGAUCAGGAUGAAACUGCUGGUUUCUUCCAAUUCCAACCACGUCUUUUGGGCUCCCUAUUUUCAUCGUCCAAUGGUCCCAUCAGGACCCCAAAAUUGGUACCUAAUAGCUUUGGUAAUACUAAUUCUCCCCCGCUCAAUGGGUUCCUAGAAGAUGGAAACAGCUCAUUUCCUUCCUCCGGCAUCGGAUCAAAAGAGACAACAACUUCAUUUGAGGACGCCUACUCCACUGUUGAAUCUAUAGGGACAACAUCUGAACCAGGAACUUUAUUCGGUAGUGUAAGCAAGGAAUGCCAGAAUGGUGAAUUGAGAAGCACAGAGUCAAGUAGAAGAACGAACUCAGAAGAGAGCACUAGCGGUUCCCAAGGAUCAUGUCUUUCAACGGAGAAUCCUGACAGAAGUUCUCAGCAAUGUUCAUCUAGUGGCAACAACACAUCACAUGCAGAAGCAGACAAAGUAAAACCGAUGCCUAGGAUCCUACUAGUCGAAGACAACAAGAUCAAUGUGAUGGUGACUCAAUCCAUGAUGAAGCAGUUAGGCCAUAGCAUAGAGGUAGUGAACAACGGAAUUGAAGCAGUGAAGGCAAUACAACGGCACUACUAUGAUCUCGUUCUAAUGGAUGUACACAUGCCAGUCAUGGAUGGUCUUCAAGCUACAAGGAUUAUACGGUCUUUCGAGGACAGUGGAAGUUGGGAUGAAGCUGCCAAGGCAGGAAUAGAGCUCCCAGCAGCUUCUUCAGAACCUUCAACAAAUGGGCAUAACUCUCAUCCCAAUUCCAGAGAUCGGAUCCCUAUCAUCGCUAUGACAGCAAAUGCACUAUCCGAAAGUGCAGAGGAAUGCUAUGCGAAUGGGAUGGACUCUUUCGUUUCGAAACCCGUAACCUUCCAAAAGCUCAAAGCAUGUAUGGACGAAUACUUGCCUUGAUAGUGCUCUUCCUCACCCCUCCACUCAUGUAUGUAUAUUCUUUAUGUGGUGAUUUGUGUAUACAAGUGAACAGCAGAAUGAAUGAUAGGGAAAUUUUUGUAAUCGGUAUAUCAAUGUUUUCCGAAGAAAAGAGUAGCGAAAUACUAAUAGAAGCUGUAUAUUCUCCAUUCCCAGCAAAAAAAAAAAAAUCCAACCUACAACCCUAAUCCUCUAGUCAGGUAGCUAAGCAGCAAUUUGUUCACCUCCGAUUAACCCUAAUUGUGACAGUAUUGAAGCAGAGGAAAGAAAUCAAACCUUGUCUCUUUGCCGGUAUUCCAGCAUAAUAGUGGUUUACCGGCGAAGGGCGGUGCCGUCUGGCUGUGAACUCCGGCAAUCGCCAUUGCUCGCCACGAAUUGUUUGACGCCCAGUUGACUCGCCAUGAUUAAGGCUGAAUCAUAGGAAAAUCGAAUUCGACUCCGCUUAAUUUUGCAGCAACGGGUGGCUGUGUGGACUCUGGCCACUGGUUCCGAUCGCAUGACCUUCGAAGGAAGAUAAAGAGGAAGGAGUAGAAGCGAUAUGAUUCUGGAGAUACACGUCAGCUGCGUUAAUUUUCCCGCUAAAAUAAAUGUUUUUUUAAAGAGAAAUAAAUGCCCUAAUAAGCGGGAAGUUUGAUAUUUUGGAUGAAAAUAAUAAAAUAGUCCUCUUUAUUAGAAAAAAAGAACAAAAUAGUGCACAACUCAAAUAUUGGGGGAAAAAAUACUGAGACGCAAGAAUCAAGAUGAUUAAUUUAUCAUGGAUUAGAGAUGAUAAUAAGUUGGGUUGAGAGGAUUUUUUUUAGAUUUAAACUCAAUUUCAUUGAUGAGUGACACCCCGUAAAAUACCCAUGGAAUUUUAGAAGAGAAAACGGCAGUUUAAUUCCAUGGAUACCUAAUAAUGCAUGGAUGCACAUGGAUUCACGAAUACAAAAGUGAAUAAUUGCUUCAAACACUCAAAAUCAUUAUAAUAUAAUUUUUUUCUCUAAAACUAUAUUGCCUAAAUAAUAAUAACAUUUAUAAGCUAUCCAUAUUAUUAAAAAUGUAUUGUCAUGAGUAGGGAUAAAAAGAUAACUUAAUUUUUUGGUUGUUGUAUGCAUCGAACAACUUCGUUCUAAUAGUAUUUGAAUAAAUGUAAACCGAAUAACAAUAAUAAUAGAAAAAUUCCUAGUGCAUUGAUUCAUCAAAAAUCCACCAAAAACAUACUCCAAUUUGGAUUAACCCCCUUGUUUCGUGAAUUGGGUUGAGCCCAAUGAUAAUGGACUAAAGCCUCAAGCUAUUUAACCAGUGGCGGAUCCAGGGGGUGGCCACCCCGGGCCCUGGCCCAGCCCUCCUCUGGAUCCAUAGUUAGUAUAAGCCUUAUGAAUUUUUCGAUUUUAAAUAUUUGGGUCGUUGUUAUUUUAAAAUAAGAUUGGGUAUAAUUA